UCCUCCCGCCCGCUCACGUCUCUUCCGGGUUGCUUUGACGUGAACGCACCACCGCCUUCUUUCCUUCAUCCCAAACUGGCUUUGAAAUCAAGAAAGUGGAGCAGAGGAGCAUUAAAACUUGUGUCAGUAAUGCAAACGUAAACGUCUGCGGCCACUCACAUCAAAAUAACACGAUUUGGCCAGGCCGGCACGGCCCAGGAAGACAAGGCGACAGACAAAAUAAGAGAUGGCUGACCUGCUGAAGCUUCUGCUGCGGGUGUCGGAGAAAGCUGCCAACGUUGCUCGCGUCUGCAGGCAGGAGGCUCCCCUCUUUCAGCUCCUGGUACAAGAAAAGACAGGAGAUGAUAAGAAUAAGAAGUUUGUGCAGGACUUCAAGACACUGGCAGAUGUUGUGAUCCAGGAGGUGAUCCGCAAUGAUGUUGGCGCUCAGUUCCCUGAGAUGGUCGGCUUCAUUCAUGGAGAAGAAUCCAACAAGUUUCAAAACGGACUUGGCGAGUGUGUGACUGUGACAGUGCGCAGCACUGAAGAGGACACCGCCACGCUUCUGGCCACGGUGCUAGACGGUGACUUGACAGCGGCAACGCUCCUGGCACGAGCAAUUCACCAAGACCCGGUCACCAUUAACACCAGCACGGACGGACUAACGGUGCCACUCAACCCCUCUGAGCUUGGCAUCUGGAUUGACCCGAUAGACGCCACCAGUCAGUACAUAGAGGGCCGCGAGGAGGUGGUGGAAGACGGCCAUCUGUCACCUUCAGGUCUGCACUGUGCUCUGGUCCUCAUCGGGGUUUACCUGCGCAGCACAGGCGAGCCCGUCAUGGGCGUCAUCAACCAGCCGUUCAACCACAAAGACCCGGCAAGUGGAAGCUGGCAGGGGAAGAUCUUCUGGGGCGUGUCCUGCAGCGACAUCAAUGUGUGCUCAGUGUCCCGGCCCAAAUCUUUAACAACAGGAAGUCAGCCGUUGUCGGUGGUGCUGAGCUCCAGCGAGAAGCAAGCGGUGAAGGAAACUCUGGCCUUGUUGUGCGGUCCGGAAAAGCUGAUGUAUGCCUCUGGGGCUGGCUACAAAAUCCUGUGCGUCAUUCAGGGCCUGGCUGAUGCAUAUGUCCUCUCAGAAGGGAGCACCUUUAAGUGGGACUCCUGCGCCCCUCAUGCGCUGCUCCGAGCCCUUGGAGGAGGAGUGGUGGACCUGACGAAAAGUUUAGAGUGCGAUUCUGAUGUGAAGGUAGAACUGACCUAUCAUCAGCCUUACAGUGAGGGUAAAGGUGCUGACCGCUGGGCUAACUAUGGAGGCCUGGUGGCGUAUGGAGAUAGUUCCCAGCUCAGCAUCAUCAUCAGGGCUCUGAAAGGAAAGUUGUAAUUUCUUUUCUGUAGUACAGGAAAAGAAGGUAUUUUAAAGGUAAACAUUUCAUUUUUAACCAAAAAUAUAUGUGUGUGUAUAUGUAAGGCUGAGCAUCAUCAUCAGGGCUCUGAAAGGAAAUAUGUAAUUUGUUUUCUGCAGUAGAGGAAAAGAGGGUAUUUUAAUGGUAAACGUUUUAUUUUUUUACCAAAAAUAUAUAUGAAUGUGUGUAUAUGUAACAAAGUAUGGGCCAAAUGAUGAUAUGAAGCUUUGGGGAUCAAGUGCCAUGAAACUUGUCUUGUUGUUAGAUCAGAAAACAAGAGCUUUGAUGCUUGUAAGAUUAUGCAGACAGAGGUUUUCUAUGUUUAACAUACCUGUACUGUAUACCUUCAGCAGGAUCAUGUAAACAGCAGUAAGACUCUAGUAUGAUAAACACUGGUGUGGUAUGGCGACGUGGCCUAGUCAAGAGUCAAGCUUGUAGCUAUGGAAAGUAUUAUUUCAUUGUUGAGCUGACCUGUAAGAGGCUAUAAAUAUGUCAAGUGGAUAGAGAGGUGUGCAGCCAUCUGCACCUCUCUGAAAUAUCUCCAUGUAAGGAGCACAGCCAAUCACAUGCACUCGCCUCCUGCCUUCAAAAAGAAAAAAAGGGUCACAAUGGAUAAAGUAUGUGAAGCAGUAAAAUGAAAUAUUGGGCCGAUGCAGCCUACUGUUUGCAAUAACCUAUGUAUUCUUCAUUCUAAUGUCACUUUAAGUUGUUGAUAUAUGCAUUUUUAGAAGAGCUGAGUGAAAUGGUGACGUAUACAAACCAGAGCAAACAUAUUGCAUUGAAGAAAUUAUCUUUACUUUGAAAACCAGAGAAAGCAGGGGCAACUAACAGUGAUAUUUUAAAACUGUCUGCCUGCCAGGGAACAAAACCCCCUGAUGAUUGUCAAAUGAAUGUUUUAAUUUCAAUAUUUCUGCAUAUUGUGUUUAAAAAAAAACAAACAUUAAAACAAACAACUAUUG